AUGUCGUCUCUUCAGAAACCGAAUCAAACAACAAAUAAUGGAACCAAUUACAUCGAUUCUCUACCUGUAGAGAUCCUUUGCAUGGUGUUCGAUGGACUUGACCUGCAUAGUGUUAAAAACGCUUCUCUGGUUUGCAAAAGAUGGAACAAUAUCAUAUUCUAUUCUGGAUAUGCUGCGAGAUUUGUUUUGACGAUAAAUGUAUGGAUCAUGUAUUAUCCGGACGUAAAGGAAAUGGGCAAGCAUGAAAUCAAGCGCCUGAGGGAUACUGCUGAAUAUUCCCAGCGCUACUAUAGAAAACUGAACUACUACAGUAUGCAGUUAACAGAACUAACACUAGUUAGCGAUUGGUAUGGUCAUGGAGUAUGGCCAGAAAUUUUGAACAUUUUGCCAAAAAUGGAAAAGCUGGAGGUACUCGUGUUUACUAAUGUAACUGUAUUAAAAUCGAAUUUUCUUUGCAUGGACACCCCAAUGAACCGUCUGCGUAAAUUAGAAUUUCGAAGAUGCUACCUAGAAACGAAACUAAUUCUCGGCUUAAAGGAUAAGUUUCCAAACGCGUUCAUCAACUUUUCCAAUUGCGACAUGUUGUGUGUGUAUUAGUUACGA